AUGGAUCAAAUUCCCACACCACCGGCUUCACGACCUGGCUCAGAGGCUCCUGAAGCAAAAGCGAAGCCCGCAGCCUCAGAAUUGGUUCAAUCGUUGGAUACUCUUCUUGAGCAAUAUUUGAACCUACUUGAUAGGCAGCAGAAACUGCAAACCGGCCUGGCAAAACAGUUGUCCUCGGGAUUCUUUUCUCUCGCCCAGGCCAAUUUCUCGUGUCCUCCUGGUCGCCGCUAUGGGCCCGACUUCUACGACGAGCGCAUGAAAGCAACAAGGAAGAUCUCGAUCAACCACGAAGAAAACACCGCCGACAAAAGCGCCGACGAAAGUGCCAACGACUCGGAGAAUGAAAGUGCCGCUUCGCUACCCUUUGGCUGCAAAUUCACCAUUGAGUCUGCGCCUAGCACUCAAUUAGAAGCAGAUACAGAUGAGAAGAGCGAAGACGAGGAGAAGUCUGUCUCGGCCCAGGAUGUGCAAUCCGUAACCAAAGAUACCACGGCGGAUAACAAAACCACACCAGUACCGCUUGAAUCUUCACAGGACGGCAAUACAACUACCGAGAUGGAGAAGCCCAAGCUCCGUCGCAGAAAGUUCCAUUCCGAUGAUCCAAUCCACUGGUAUGGAAUUCUGGUGCCCCAGUCCCUGCGGAGAGCACAGCACUCUUUCGCCAACGCCGUCGAUACCGCUGUCCCCGAAUUGGCUAGUACGGUAGUUGAGAUGCGGACCCUGGAAGAAAAAAUCGGAAAACUGCGGGCCCAACUGGUCCCUGAACUUCUGGAGGAACCUCACGAUCUUGUCCAACGUGAUACCAAAUAA